UACGUACCGCCGGAAGUGAUGUAUUCAGAAGUGACGUCACAGGAACUAAAAAACGUAUACAACAAAGAUGGCGUCGCCCGACGAAGCACCGGUGAAGGAUACACACGUGGGUAAAGAGAAGAAGCCUCCUGCUCGCUACUGGGACGAGGCGGAGGAGGGGGAGACCCAUGGAAACAAAGGAGGAGAAGAAGGAGAACAGAAGGAGCAAAACACACAGAAAACAAAGAAAAGAAAAGAAGAAAAUGAUCCUGAGGAUGGAAAGAAGUUCAUAUCAGGGAAAUCUGACCCUUUCCCAGGACCUGCUCGUAUCCCACGAGACAGGAUGGAGAAGUUCAAGAGGAAAAAUAAAACCAAAAAGCCGAGUCAGCAGCAUCCCAAGCUGAAAGAUACGAUCGUUCGCUCAGAGAAAGCUUCAAAAAUGUCCCAAAAACAAGCUGCUCGCUUCGACCUCCUGCUCCCAGAGGACGCAGGAUUUCUAGAAGGAGAUGAAGGUGAGGACACGUGUACGAUCUCUCAGGAAGAUAUCGCAGAUGCUGUGGAUAUAACAUCAGGGGCCAAGUAUUUUAAUCUGACACUGUCUCAGUUUGGACCGUACCGAGCGGAUUACAGCAAGACUGGACGUCAGCUGCUGCUUGGUGGGAGGAGAGGCCAUGUUGCUUGUAUAGACUGGCAGUCCAAACAGCUGAUGUGUGAGAUCAACGUGAUGGAGACUAUUAAUGAUGUAAAGUGGCUGCAUAGUGAGGCCAUGUAUGCAGUGGCUCAGAAGAAGUGGCUGUAUAUCUACGACUCCAAUGGAAUAGAGCUUCACUGCAUCCGCAAGUUCAAUGACGUCCUUCGCAUGCAGUUCCUGCCCUACCACUUCCUGCUAGCAACAGCGAGUGCCACAGGUUUCCUGCAGUAUCUGGACGUGUCUGUGGGGAAGGAGGUGACCGCCACCUGCACCAAGUCCGGCCGGCUGGAUGUGAUGAGCCAGAACCCUCAGAACGCCGUCAUCCACCUCGGCCACGCCAACGGCACCGUCACGCUGUGGUCGCCCAACCAGAAAGAAGCUCUGGUCCAGAUGCUCUGUCACCAGGGCGGCGUGCGCUCCGUCACCGUGGACAAGACGGGCACAUACAUGGUCACAUCUGGUAUGGAUAAAAAGCUGAAGGUUUAUGACAUCAGAACCUUCAAACCCCUCAAGUCUUACUUCCUGCCUGCCGGAGCCUCCUGUCUGUCCCUGAGCCAGAGAGGGCUGCUGUCUGCAGCCACAGGGGACGUUGUUCAGCUGUACAGAGACGUGUGGAGCGCUCCCGUCACUAAACCCUACAUGGCUCACCGACUGCCAGGGACGGUGUGGGGGACGCACUUCUGUCCCUUUGAGGACGUCCUCGGGGUCGGGCACGGAGACGGCUUCACCAGCAUGCUGGUCCCAGGGGCGGGAGAGCCCAACUUUGACGGUCUGGAUGCUAACCCGUACCGCAGUGCAAAGCAGAGGCAGGAGUGGGAGGUUAAAGCCCUGCUGGAGAAAAUCCAGCCGGAGCUCAUCACCCUGGACCCCGCCCAGCUGGGACAGGUGGACCGGGCCACCUUCCAGCAAAGGCACCAAGACCGGGUCCAAGCUCUGGGCUUUGACCCGCUUGCCAAAGAGAAAUUUGUACCUCGGCAUAAGAAAAAAGGUCGUAGCUCGGCUGGCAGCAUUGAAAAGCGCAAGAGACAAGUGGCUCAUGAGGACCAGCGGGACGUAAUCAGGAAAACUGCAGAGGACAAAACGAAGAUUGAAAUGGAGAGAAAACAGAGGGAGAAAAAGGAGGCGGCACUAUCUGGCAAGAGAUCUGCUCUGGACAGAUUCAAGAAGUAGAAAAGGAAGACAGAGCCUUUGUGCAGCUCAGAACGCAGUGACAUUCUGUGGGAGUGGCCUUUGACCUUUACAUAAAGGACACAUUUUUUGGACACAUUUUUCCACGGUGGAGAAAAAAACACGAACUGCAGAAAAUCUGGAAAGUUGGCCCUCUUUCAUGUCCCAGAUCAGUUGUAAUCAAUGUUGAGUGCAGUGAAAGGGCAGUUCUAUUUAAUGCCGCAGCCUGAAGCUCUUUCUGUCUACAUGAGUGGCUAAUGAGUGGUCUGCAUGGGUGUCAUCCAGAAUUUGUGUUAACCCAUUGAGGCCUGAAAAAUCCCUAGGGGAUUUUAAAAUAAGCCUCUAAUAUUCUGGAAAUUCUGGAAAAAUUCUGGGGGAAAAAGUGUCAACGCUUCUACUAAAUAAUAGAUUUUUCAGCCUCUGUAGCAGAUAGAAAUGAAAUUCAAAAAGUAUUUGAGAGCUUAUACAAAUACUACAAAACGACGUAAACGCUUUCCAGGCUUCAAUGGGUUAAGUUGUGAUUUUUUCCCUCUACUGUUGAACACAUUUUACAUUAAUUUCUGACCUUGUUGAAUUGAGUUCUUUGGUGUCUGAAAUGACUGAGCGUAUGUCAAAUGUUUUAUAUCAAGUUUCUCUAAAAAUAAAACUCAUAAUUACUGGC